AUGACGAAGAAAUAAUGUUUUGAGAGGGUCGAGGUGGGAAAAAUUAUUGGGGAGGGGGAGAGACCACUGGCUGUGACUAACUUCAGCUCCCUCCUCAGCCAGCUUCAGCAGCAGCAGCAGCAGCAGCAGCAGCAGCUCCAUCCGUCGAGAGCGCGGAGACCAAGCAGCACCUCGCAUCUUCAGGAGGCGCUCCACUCGAAGGGAACAUGGGGAAAUGGCAGUUGCAGUUCACCAAAUGUAAAGCUCAAGAAAGCAAACAAUACCUCCAUUUAUGACACAAAACCUGGCUUAUGCAUCGGUAGGAACUCACUGAAGAACAAAAGAUUUCAACUUUGACUCCUAAAAAAACAUGGAUAUAUCUCCAUCCAAGCUGCAGUAUGGAUCAAAAAAGAGGGUUAAGAUCCACCCAAACACAGUGACAGUAAAAUAUGCUACUCACUUUCCCCAGCCUGGUGAUGAAGGGUAUGAUGACGCACCGUCUUUCGAGGACUUUGGCGCUUUCGCAGAGGCAAAUGCAGGGAAGAGACUGGUGUCGGACAGCAAAGGGGGCAGGACUUUCUUUGGAACCAUGGACACCCAGCCGAAGCAGACUGGGGGGCAGAGGGACAAGGGGGUCGGAGGCCAGCUGGCAAGCUUUGGCGAGGCAAAUGUGUUAGCCUCUAGGGUGACCUGGAUGGCCUUGUUUGGGGCAGCAGUGGCUCAUGGGUGUGUGGCACUGAUUACCCGUCUGGCAGCUGACCGCUCUAAAGUGCCCUCCCUCGAGCUGCUCUUCAUUCGGUCUGUGAUUCAAGUGCUGUCCAUCCUGGUGGUCUUCUAUUACCACGAGGCCCCCUUUGGCCCUAAGGGCUACCGGCUGCGUCUCUUCUUCUACGGGGUGUGCAAUGUAAUCUCAAUCACCUGCGCCUACACCUCUUUUGCCAUAGUGCCACCUAGUAAUGGCACCAUCAUGUGGCGUGCCUCCACCACGGUCUUCAGUGCUGUGCUGGCCUUCCUGCUCUUGGAUGAGAGGCUGGGCUACACGGAUGUGGUCACAGUGGUGGGCAGCGUCUUCGGCCUUUGUCUGGUCAUGGUACCAAAUGUAGCAGAUGAGGAGAAGUCCAGGCUGAGCUUCUGGAAGGAGGCCUUUGGCUACACGAUGACAGUGAUGGCCGGCUUGACCGCUGCCCUUUCCAUGAUUGUCUACAGGGCCAUUAAGGAGCGUGUCAGCAUGUGGACGGCACUCUUUACCUUCGGCUGGACGGGCACUGUGUGGGGCGCCUCCACCAUGUUUAUCAUGCAGGAGCCCAUCAUUCCCUUGGAUGGGGAGACCUGGGGCUAUUUGAUUGGGAUCUGUAUCUGCUCCACCGUGGCAUUCCUCGGGGUCUACUAUGCCCUAAACAAGUUCCAUCCCGCCUUAGUUAGCACCGUGCAACACCUAGAGAUCGUGGUGGCCAUGUUCCUCCAACUCAUUGUUCUGAGGAUGAUCCCAUCAAUCUACGACGUCAUCGGAGGCCUAGUCAUCAUGGUCAGUGUAUUCACCCUGACAGGUGUCAAGCUUUACAGGGUGAGCCGGGCCAUUCGACAGGAUUAUCAAGAGAUCCUAGACUCACCCAUCAAAUGAGUUUUGACGUGUCAGUCUCUUUGUUUACAAUGUUGCUCUGUUCAUGUGCAAUUUCAAGAAUGUCUGGAUCUUAAUUUAAUGAUUUUGUAUUGUUGUGUUGGUGGAAGAGUGCCAGUUAUGUAAUGUCUUAAUAUUUGUGUGUGAAAUAAAAGAGAAAUGUA